AUGUUGAAUAAGAUUGCACGUUUUCUUUAUCACUACGUAUUUAAACGAAGCUCUACGUUCACACUUAGUGCCGUGAUUAGCGCGAUGUAUUUUGAGAGAGCAUACGAUGAAGCUUGCGAGUACAUAUUUGAAACUGUAAAUAAAGGGAGGCUUUGGAAAGAUAUAAAACAUCGAUAUGAAAAGUAA